AAUUGCCAUCCACUUUUGCAUUCAUUGCAGAAAAUGAUAAAGUGAGAGUAGUGCAACGAGACUGGAACAACAUGUCUUCUAGAGUACAAAAGAGAACAGCUGAAGCUCGCUUUAGGCCUAGCAAUGCAGGUCCUUCACGUUCAGGACAAGCAACAGCAAUCUCAAUGCCAUCUGCAUCACAACCUUCAAAUGAGGGAAGAGCACAACAAUCAGCAUCGGAUGCACCUACAGUGACCACAGAUGAAUCUAUUGAACCCCAGCAAGCCGCAUCUGUCACCCCAUCAAAGCAAGUCGGCCGUCCGAUUGCCAUUCCGACACCAAUCUCGACACCGAGCAAUAUUGGCACACCAAGACCACUCCCCAAACGAGUCACUCCAGGACCACCCUCAGGCUCCAAUCCAAUCAGAAGACCUUCUGCUGCACCUUCUUCAUCCACAUCUUCGUUUGCUGUGAAUUCAUCUCCAGCAUCAAGACCAAAGGGUACACUCAUUUCUACCCCGAUUGCAGCACCUGGUUCUUCUCGUGGGAAAUCUAUUGAACGGCCAGGUUCAUUGGUGAGAAGUACGCCUACGCCUUCUUUCCCACGGUCUGCAUCACGUCCGCCACCUGCAGCAGAAUCUUCUUCCUCGAAGAGAAAGGAUGUUGGACCAACUCCAGAGAACGCUCCUUCGAGUGAGCCUGCCUCCGAAACACAAAAGAAGACUCGUGUUCGACGUCAAAGUGAUGCUAGUACUCAACGCAAGAAGCCUCCUCGAGGCAGUCGUCCUGCAAAGCCCGCAUCUGCUUAUACCUUAUAUUCGAGGGAACACAGAUCGGAAGUGGAAGAAAGAGCUGCAAGUGCUUCGGGUAGAACGUUUGACGUAAACGCAGCAAUACGUAAAGAUUGGCAGGCUCUAUCACAUGAAGAUCGUGAGCCGUAUGUCAAGCAGGCAGAACAACUACAGAAAGAGCAUGAAAUUGCAAUGGAAGCUUUUCAUGAGAUUUAUGGUCGUUCUGAUUCGGAGGAAGAUGAUGAUGCAGCCACUGCUAGUCCCAGCAAGAAAGGUAGCCAGCCUUCCAAAGAUCGAUCAGGACAACCAGCUGCUCCCAAGAAUGCAUACCUCAUCUUCAGAAGCGAAUAUGAGCAAAGUGGAAAGGGCAAGAAGGGAAGCGGAGCAAUCUCAACAGCCUGGCAUGCUCUAUCGGAAACAGAAAGAGCAUCAUAUCGCUCUAAAGCGGAAGAGGCAAAGCGGGAAUGGGAGAUCGCUAUGGCACAGUGGAAGGAGAACAAUUCGGAUGAUUCAGAUGAGGAAUCCGAGGAAAGCGAUGGAACAGGCACAAAGAAGCGAUCUUCCAAACGCAAGGCAGCCAAGAGACCCAAAAAGCCAACAAUCUCCGAUGAUGAAGCAGAAUACCACGGUUCUCAAAAUGAUGAUGCAGCUAAAGAGAAGCUUGACAAUCGAUCUGCAACUAUGCUGGAUUUGAGUCAGCUUCGAUUCAAUCAUGGUAGAGCAAGUGCAAAGACAUUCGAGCUCGCACGCAAGCAUCGAAAUGACAAACGAGAAAGAGUCAAAAUGCGUAAACAGAUGCGAUUGCACAAUCUCCGAACAGAGCAAGAGUUGACGGCAUUAGUCGGUCCUGGAGCCAAUGGCAGCAAUGAUGCACCAAACACUAACGGUGCACAAGGUGCAGAUCACGGUGCAGAGGACGAUGCUCAAGCACAACAGUCUGAGCAUUCCGAUGCAGAGAGUAUCGUCAAUGAUGGACACACUAGCGCAACAGAUGGAGAAGAUGGUGCGCAAUCGGAUGCUGAGUCAGUUGGUGCUGCUUCUACAUCCACUCAUCACACCUUACGUGAAAAGAAAUUUAGCAUUCGAACUCGUAUCGUUGAUGGAAAGAUUGUCUUGGAUGAAAGCAGUUUACAACAAAGUCGUAAUGAUGAUGCAGGAUAUGGUGCACAAAAUGAAAUGAUUGAUAUCAAUGAAUCUGAUCGAUUUGUCAAUUCAUCAAGUCAUGCAAAAUCACGACCAAGAAACGAUCGUUGGAAUGUCGAAGAAACAAAAGAAUUCUUGAAAGCUGUUUCGAUGUGGGGAAGUGAUUUUGAAAUGAUUGCACGUAUGUUCCCGUCCCGCAAUCGAUCUCAAAUUCGCGCCAAAUGGAGAUCGAUGGAACGCACAGAUAGUCAUAGUCUGGAUUUGGCAUUCAAGAGACGCUUGCCUGUCAAUUUGGAUGAAUAUGCUCGUCUUGCAGGUGUUGAUCUUAGUGGAGAAGCACCUGCGAUCGAAUUGCCAACAUUCAACAUCAAGAAGGCCAACGAAGAUGAUGAGGAUAUGGAGAACAUUCCACCGAUCAAGCGAGGCGAUGAGGAAGAAGAGCCGGUUGGCAAGGUUGAACAAAUACAAUACGAUGAGGAUGGUUUAGAGAUCGUGGAUGAAGGAGAUGAUUUAGACCAGCAAAACAGAGCACCAACGUUGACAAGAUCAAAGAGACGUACACCUGCCGGCGAUAUGCCACCUCCCUCAGCUGCAAGACAGACACCAGGCGAAGAAAGGGAAAUGCCUCGAACAAAAAGAAUGCGUUCUUCCAGUUUGGCCAGUCAAGCAGGAACAGCAGUGAGCGGAACGACAAGUGCAUCAAACGUUCAUGGUGCAUCUUCUGCAGCUGCAUCUGAUCGUGAACGCAAACAACGCAGAAUCCAAGAAGAACAACGUAAACAACGUGAACGUGCUCGUCGUCGUCCUAGACCUGAUGAUGAUGGAGUUGAAAUCUUGGAAGAAGGAGAUUGAGAGUAGUGUCUGUUUGUAUUAUAAGAAUAUAUUGUCCAUUUGUAAAUAUACAGCGAAGUGUGUGUUGAACGUAUUGCUGGCGGCGAUUGGAUUGCAGUUGAGAGAUGGGUCGAGUUGCCGUAUUAUACAAAUCAGAGAG